AUGUCUUCGCCCCUAUCAACUGUUUUGUUUUCGGCUGCAUUUGCUGGGAGGUUUGAGCGCCUUUUGUGCGUCCCGCAGUCCGUGACGCUUCGCACGAGCCUGGGGGACAUCAAGGCUGAGGUGUUCUGCGAUGAGGCUCCCAAAACUGCUGAGAACUUUCUUGCACUAUGCGCCAGUGGGUACUACGAUGGCUCCAUCUUUCACCGCAACAUCAAGGGCUUCAUGAUUCAAGGAGGUGACCCCACCGGAACAGGUAAGGGUGGCAAGAGCAUAUACAACACACCGAACGGCAAGUUCGAGGACGAGCUGAGGCCCGACCUGAAGCACCACAAGCGGGGCAUCCUGUCAAUGGCCAACAGUGGACCGGACACGAACGGCAGCCAGUUCUUCUUCACCUACAGGGCCCAGCCGCACUUGGACGGAAAGUACACCAUCUUUGGGCAGGUUAUCGACGGCCUGGACACAUUGGACAAGAUGGAGAAGGUGCCAACGGGUCCGGCGGACAGGCCUGUGCAGGACAUAAAACUCCACAGCGUCAUCAUCCACGCCAAUCCCAUUGCGAGAUAA